UUUCAGGAGAGCGGUGUGAACAGGAGAGCUGCCAUCAGGACGGGACUCCUCCAUAUCCUACCACACCUCUGCUCCUCCUUCGAGCUGCCUCCCCCCAGCUGCUGGAUCCGGAGCCGGAGCUACUCUGGACGGGAUCACCGUGAAUCUGUACCCUUUUCCUCUUUUUGUUUUUAAAAAUCGGAAUGGGUUUUGAGAAGACUUAACCUGGAUGCUUUGCUGUGAACGUGCUCUUUAAAAAAAAACGCGCCGGUGGAGUUUGCCAACUUUUGUGGAGGUCGCUUCUUGUGAAGUCAAAUCCGGGAGGGGGAACUGAACCCAGAGCCGACAUGGAUCAAGCCAGCGGUGGAGAGGACCCGAAUAAACCCUCUAAAAAGAAAUCCGGCGAGGAUGAGGGCAAAAACAAAAAGCUGAACAUACACAUAAAAACAUUGGCUGAUGAUAUGCGUGAUCGUAUUACCAGUUUCAGGAAAACGGGAAAUAAGAAGGAGAAGCUCCUUAUACAGCACCCGACAGACCCGCUCUCCAUCCUGAAUGAGAUGCCCGUUCCUCAGCCGCUGUUUGACGACCGCUCCAUGAACCUCUCGGAAAAGGAGAUCAUCGACCUCUUUGAGAAGAUGAUGGAGGACAUGAACCUGAACGAGGAACGAAAACAGCCCCUGCGUGGAAAAGACUUAAGCACCAAGCGUGAGAUGGUGGUCCAGUACAUCUCCGCCACCGCCAAAUCCAUAACUGGGAGCAAAGUUGCGGGCGGACUAAGGAACAGUAAGCAUGAGUCUACACUUUCAUCGCAAGAAUAUGUCCACGAGCUGCGUUCGGGCAUCACAGAAGAAAAGCUGCUCAAUUGCCUGGAGUCCCUCAGAGUGUCUCUCACCAGUAACCCUGUCAGCUGGGUGAAUAACUUCGGUCAUGACGGUCUCGGUCUUCUUCUGGACGCCUUGGAGAAGCUGCUGGACAAGAAACCGCAAGAGAGUAUCGAUAAGCGGAACCAGCAUAAACUCAUCCAGUGCUUGAAGGCUUUCAUGAACAAUAAGUAUGGACUGCAAAGGAUCUUGGGAGAUGAGCGGAGCCUGUUGCUGCUGGCUCGAGCCAUUGACCCCAAACAGACCAACAUGAUGACAGAGAUUGUCAAGAUUCUCUCGGCCUUCUGUAUCAUUGGGGAGGAAAACAUCUUGGAUAAGAUACUAGCGGCCAUGACAAUUGCUGCCGAGAGGAACAAUAAAGAGAGAUUUGCCCCGAUCGUUGAGGGGCUGGAGAACCACGAGGCGCAGCAGCUCCAGGUUGCCUGCAUGCAGCUGAUCAACGCUCUGGUCACCUCCCCGGACGACCUCGACUUCCGGAUACAUCUGCGGAACGAGUUCUUGAGAUGUGGCCUCAAGAAGAUCCUGCCUGAACUAAAAGAGACGGAGGAGCUUGACAUCCAGCUGAAGGUGUUCAAUGAGAACAAGGAGGAGGACUCCAUUGAACUCUCCCAUCGCCUCGAUGACAUCCGCGCUGAGAUGGAUGAUAUGAAUGAGGUUUACCAUCUCCUGUCCAACAUGGUGAGAGACACCGGCUCGGAGACGUACUUCCUGUCCAUCCUCCAGCACCUAUUGCUCAUCAGGAAUGACUAUUACAUCAGGCCUCAGUACUACAAGGUGAUAGAAGAAUGCGUGUCUCAGGUGGUGCUGCAUCGCAGCGGCAUGGAUCCCGACUUCGGCUACAGCAAAAGAUUGGACGUGGACUUCACUCAUCUGACUGAUCAGUGCGUGGACAAAGCCAAAGUUGACGAGAGUGAGCAGAAAGCGGCCGAGUUCUCCAAAAAGUUUGAUGAGGAGUUCAGCGCACGGCAGGAGGCCCAGGCAGAGGCUCAAAAGAAGGAAGAGAGAAUCAAAGAGUUGGAGGGGAAGAUCCAGGCCCUGGAGUCCCAGAUUGCAGCAGGUCCACCUGCGUCAGGGGCAGCACCCCCACUAGCAGGGGGGGCAGCAGCUCCCCCUCCUCCUCCUCCACCUCCUCCGCCACCUCCACCCGGUGGAUGUCCUCCUCCUCCACCACCUCCUCCUCCUCCUUUCGGCCAUGCAGGCAUUCCACCACCACCUCCGCCACCUCCUCCUCCAGGUGGAGGACCUCCACCACCCCCAGGAUGCGGGCCCCCGCCUCCUCCGCCUUUCUUUGGGGGCCCAGGUGGGCCUCCGCCACCUCCAUCAUUACCUGUCGUUAAGCUGCCUUAUGGGCUGGAGCCCAAAAAGACCUACAAGCCUGAAACAGUGAUGAAGCGGGUCAACUGGAUCAAGAUAGUGCCUCAGGAAAUGGCAGAGAAUUGCUUCUGGAUCAAAGUCAAAGAAGAGAAGUUUGAGAAUCCUGACCUAUUUGCCGAGCUCUCCCUCUGCUUCUCCUCACAGAGCAAAGUGAAAAAAGAAGCGAAGGACGAACCCGACAACAGGACGCCUCAAUUCAAGAAGAAGGUGAAAGAGCUUCGCAUCUUGGACUCUAAGACGGCACAGAAUCUCUCAAUUUUCUUGGGCUCGUUCCGCCUGCCUUAUGAAGAGAUCCGGGACAUUGUGCUGGAGGUGGACGAGGAUAGACUGAGCGAAUCACUCAUCCAGAACCUGAUAAAGAACCUGCCAGAGCAGAAGGAGCUGAGUGCACUGGCGGAACUAAAGGGUGAAUAUGAUGAGCUGGUGGAGUCGGAGCAGUUCAGCAUUGUGAUGAGUUCGGUGAAGCUCCUCCGGCCGCGUCUCAACGGCAUUCUGUUCAAGCUGACGUUCGAGGAGCAGGUGAACAACAUCCGACCGGAUAUCAUGAACGUGACGUUUGCCUGCGAGGAGGUGAAGAAGAGCGAGAGCUUCAGCAAACUCCUGGAGCUGGUGUUGCUGGUCGGCAAUUACAUGAACGCGGGCUCCAGGAAUGCUCAGACGUUUGGGUUCAACGUCAACUUCCUCUGCAAGCUGCGGGACACUAAAUCCAUCGGUCACAAUACAACACUUCUUCACUUCCUGGCUCAGAAGUGUGAAGAGAGUUUUCCAGAGAUCUUGGGUUUUCCAGACGAGCUGGAACAUGUGGAAAACGCCAGCAAAGUGUCCGCUGAGAUCCUGAAAAGCAGCUUGACGACCAUGGAACGUCAGAUUCAGAGGCUGGAGAACGACAUCGAGAACUUCCCCAAGAAAGACGACCAGGAAGAUAAGUUUGUGGAAAAACUAUCGGGCUUCUGCAAGCAUGCCCGGGAGCAGUAUGAGAAACUUUCCACCAUGCACAAGAACAUGCAGAAGCUCUACGAGAGCAUCGGCAACUACUUUGCCUUUGACCCUCACUCCGUCAGCCUGGAAGAUUUCUUCGGAGAACUGGCCAACUUCCGCCUGCUCUACAUGGAAGCAGUGAAGGAGAACCACAAGAAGAGGGAGAUGGAGGAGAAGAUCAAGAGAGCCAAGCUGGCGAAGGAGAAAGCGGAGCGCGAGAAGCAGGAGCGCCAGCAGAAGAAGAAGCAGCUGAUUGACAUGAACAAAGAGGGAGAUGAAACCGGUGUGAUGGAUAGCCUAAUGGAAGCUCUGCAGUCCGGAGCGGCCUUCCGUGAUCGACGAAAACGGACUCCACGCAACGGUGAUCAAAGCCCUUCCAGUCCAUCCUCUCGGUGGCCGGGUGCUAACUAUGGUAACAGAACCCUAGACAACCGGCGUGCAGUCCUGGAAAGGUCUCGAUCGCGCCACAACGCAAAUCACCCAGCUCGAUGAUCGCCCGCGCCUACCACAAGACGCUAGACAAGUGCCAAAGAGGCCUGCGAGGUGGAGAGCCUGAAGACGACUGAGGGAGGAUCAGACCGUCCCUCACUGUGGCACACACACACACACACACACACACACACACCUUGACACACACACACUCACUCAAACACACAGCAACCAAGUUCAGAACAAAACACGGCUAAAGAAGAACUGGAGGAAUCUAUAUUACAUCACACAGACAUUUCAUUUUAAUGGCCGCUCAUCUGACACAUCACGUAUUUAUUCAGCACUCCCGCUCUCUAAAUGCUCACCUCCUCUGUCGAUGGUUUCAUCCAUAGCAUGAAACGGUCCACACGCUGCUGCUGCUGUUUGAAACUGAACGUUUUUCCACUGCCUGAAAAAAGUCAGAGCCUCGAAUCUGAAAUCUUUUUACAUCAAACUGUUCACGUAGGGUUUGGUUUGGAGAGAGGGAAGUGCUGUGAUUUGAAAGUGGACAUUCAGCCGAGAUGGACUGCACCAUUCUGUAUGUUUAUCAUCCAGAGGAACGUACCACGCACGGUUCAUUCUGCCCCCCCCCCCC